AUGGCAACGUCGCCCAACGUCCAAGCCAUCCUCUCUGGAGAUGCCAACGAGAAAGCGGCCAUCAUCAAUCACAUUCUCGGUGAGAUUCACAGCGUGCUCGCCGAAGAUGAGGACAUCUCGAAGCUGGUACGGUACAAAGUGAAGGAGAGGGGCGAAAAUGACAGGACUCGGCUUGCGAAAAUAUUCGAGUUCAUGGGACCCGAUGAUGAUACUUUAAACCUUCUCAACAGCAAUAUUUCAGCCUGGACAACUGAUCCGGCAGCCUUCUGGAUGAGACCUGCGCCUUGUUUUCUCGGACACAUCGCGGCGCAGGCCCAGAUUGUUGGAUGCUACAUCCAGUCGGAGCGUGACGAUGCAUAG